AUGGAAAACUCUACUCACUACGAGGUCUUCAGGCUUGCUGCAUACGGUGAUAUCGGACAAUUGAAGUAUUUCUACUUUGCUCUAGUGACUGUAAUAUAUUUUGUCAUCAUUCUUGCCAAUGCUUUGCUUAUUGGAGUUAUCUGCAUUGAAAGAAGCCUUCAUGAACCCAUGUAUCUGUUUCUAUGUGCUUUGUUUGUUAAUCAGUUGUAUGGGAGCACUGGUUUGUUUCCUGCUCUCAUGUUUUACUUACUCUCUGACACACAUGAUAUUUCCCUUCUUUAUUGUUACCUUCAGAUUUAUGUGUUGUACACAUAUGGUUUAACAGAAUAUAGUAAUUUAGCAGUUAUGUCCUAUGACAGGUACAUGUCUAUUUGUUAUCCUCUACAGUAUAACAAUAUUAUGACACCUAAAACCAUUUGUGGCUUAAUUCUACUGCCCCAAGUGUAUUCUUUUUUAAUCAAUGCAAUCAUUAUCUCCCUGAGUUUGCGACUGCAAUUUUGUGGUAACGUUCUAGACAGAGUGUAUUGUGACAACUACUCAGUAGUCAAGCUUGCCUGUUCAAAUACUAUGCUGAAUAACAUAUGGGGUCUUGUUGCCACUGUGCUCUCUUUUUCUUGUACUAUACUUCCUACCAUAUACUCAUAUGUAAGAAUUCUACGAAUAUGUUUGAAGUCUUCUAAAGAGACGAAACAGAAAGCAUUUAAUACCUGUACACCACAUAUAGCCUCUUUGCUGAACUUCUCCUUUGGCUGUUUAUUUUUGAUUCUACAAAGCAGAUAUGAAACUGCAGAUCUUCCACCUAUACUUCGCACUAUUUUAUUAGUUUAUUUUCCAAUAUGUCCACCACUUUUCAAUCCUAUUAUGUAUGGCGUUAGGAUGGUUAAUAUCAGGCAGGCUUGUAAAAAGGUACUAGGCCGUUACCCUAAAACAUAA